AGACAGAUUUUGACUUGAAAGGCGCAGUGUCGAACACAAGGAAGUGUAAUUAGGUUCUGGCACUUGCUGUCUCCGCACAGCGUGGGGUUUGCGAGUCUUUGAUGUCGACGUUUAUUCUGAUAUGAUUCCUGUUUCGUCUCUUUCAAGCCGUGCGAUAUGAACGAAGAGCAGUUUGUUAACAUCGACCUGAACGACGACAAUGUUUGCUGCGUGUGUAAGACGGAGACCGAGACCGAGAUGCUCUCGUUCUGCCACCUCUGUUUUGAACUCAGCAUCGAAGGAAUAUCCCGCUCCACUCUCCUGCACACCCAGUCGCUGAAAGGCCACCGGGACUGCUUCGAGAAAUGUCACCUCAUCGCCAACCAGGACCUGCCUCGCCCCAAGGUGUCCAGGAGCACCUACAGGGACAUGAAGGACGUGCUGAGCCGGAAGAUCAGCCAGAUCGUGCAGUACGCCCAGAAUCAGCAGGCAGAGGCUGACCUCGAGCAGGACAGCCCCCGAGUCUCGCUGAGGACAGGCUCCAGCCUGGACUCCAUCCCCUUCCAACACCUGCACCCGGGCCACACGCUGCUGGUGGGGUCGCAGCUGCCGCGCUACGCCCCCUGCUGGCCGGACAGCGGCCCCCGGGGACUCUCGGAGUGCGCUCGGGGUAUCCUUGAGGGCGAGGUGGGUUGCGCCUUCCGGCUGGGGAUGCUGGGCACGUCCGGGGGCGGCUUUGGCCGGGGCUGCGUCCGGUGGUCGCCAGAGGAGGAGGAGGAGGAAGAAGAAGAGGAAGAAGAGGAGGGCGAGGAAGAGACGGAGAGCGGGCAGAGGAGGAGGAGGAGGAGGAAUGGGAGGGGGGUGCCUCGCUCGGUGGGAACAACCGCCAGGUCCCGGCAACGGCAUCGUCACAGGAGCCGAGAGGAACUGAACGCUUCCAGUGUUGAGGACUUGGUACAGUUGAACGAUGAGCUCUUGGGUCACAUCAAAGACGUCUUCGAGGAGUUGACACAGGAGUUGGAGGAGAAAGAUUCUCUGUCGUCCGAGCUACAGGUCCGUUACAUCGCCAUCGAACAGCUCUUCAAAAACCGCUCCAAGUUGCCAUGGCUCCGGGUCGGACGGGGAGGGGUGAAACCCAACGUACCCCCUGAGCAACUAAAGCCCCCCCUCUUCCACCACCACCACCGUGUACCAAUUACUCGGCGACGGAAAGAUCCUGAGCCAAAAAAUUAUGGGACGGGCAGUGUGAGGGAUGUGAGAGAGGAGGGAAACAGACAAGAAUUGACGCAAGAGUUAAGAGCACAGUGUUACCGAAGAAGAACAUGACAAUUCGUUCGAACCCACUCCCAGCUAUUUUCUACGUCCCCCGUUUUCCCCCCUCGCACCACACC